AUGAAGCUGUUGAACGAUGAUCUGCACGAGUUCUACACUCGAUGGACGUCGGUCUUCGAUCAAGAGGCGGAAAAUCUUGCGAAUCAGGGCCAUACCCAUGAGCAGUACGCGGCCUUCCAGGAGUAUACCUCCAUCAUAGAGAAUCGCCUGCUGGAUUUCUGCUCUCAGGAGGGCUUUCACCAGGAUGCCCAGGGCCUCUUCAACGAGCUGCAGCGCCUGGUGCACAAGGACCAGGAGCAGGUGGAUGCACAGCUGAAGAGGGUGCUAGCGGAAGUGGAGGAGAAGAAGGAGGAGCUCAGAGCGAAAGCAACAGAGCAGGGUGACUCAGAGAAGCCACUCAUCCUCAUCUGCAAGCCAGCAGCUCUCGGGGACUUGAUGCACUCUCUGGUUCAGCAGACCGAGUAUCAGAACUUCAGCGCAUCCAUGCGCUUCCGCGUGGAACAGGACCGCAUGAUGAAGAUGCUCCUUGCCGGGCUCGAAGCCGAAACUCAACAAGGCGCGCUGCCAGCUCCGACUGCGGGUGACUUAGAGGUGGUGGAUGUGGAGGCUGAGCAAAGAGCUCCCCCGCCUCCAGCGAUCGGAACCAUGACUGUGACAGUUCCUGAAGGCUGUGAGGCCGGAUCGCAGCUAAGCUUGACGGCCCCUGAUGGGCAGCAGCUCUCCGUGACCGUGCCCGGUGGUUUGGCUCCAGGAAUGUCCUUCGAGGUUCCAUGCCGCUCGGGAGGCUACGGAGGCGGCUAUACGGUCCCCGCAGUUCCUGCUCCAGGCUAUGCAAAAUCACAGUGA